AUGGGAGUCUGCUGUAGUUGUUUCAAGAGGUAUGAACAUGACCAGUCAUACCCACCUUUGUUGGCAGAAAAUGAACGGGAAGCCAUUUCAUCGUUGCUUCAGUAUUUGGAAAACCGGUCUGAAGUAGAUUUUUUUACCGAUGGACCGCUCAGAGCGUUGUCAACGUUAGUUUAUUCGGAAAAUAUUGAUCUACAAAGGAGCGCUGCUCUAGCUUUUGCAGAAGUUACUGAGAAAGAUGUCAGACCUGUAACAAGGGACGUCUUGGAGCCAAUUUUGAUCCUCUUGCAAAGCUCUGAUGCGGAGGUUCAAAGAGCAGCGUGUGCUGCGCUAGGCAACCUUGCCGUCAAUGAUUCUAAUAAGGUAUUGAUCGUAAACAUGGGUGGUUUAGAGCCCUUGAUUAGACAAAUGAUGUCUCCAAACAUCGAGGUUCAAUGCAAUGCAGUUGGUUGUAUCACCAAUCUGGCAACUCAAGAUCAAAAUAAAUCAAAGAUUGCUACCAGUGGUGCUCUCAUACCAUUGACUAAGCUGGCAAAGUCCAAGGACUUAAGAGUCCAAAGAAAUGCAACGGGUGCUUUGCUGAACAUGACUCAUUCUCUCGAGAACAGACAAGAACUCGUUAACGCGGGUAGUGUUCCAAUAUUAGUUCAGUUGCUAUCGUCAACGGAUCCCGAUGUCCAAUACUAUUGUACCACUGCAUUAUCCAACAUAGCUGUUGAUGAGGGUAACAGGAAAAAACUGGCAAGUACGGAGCCAAAACUUAUUUCUCAGUUAGUUCAAUUGAUGGACUCCACGUCACCAAGAGUUCAAUGCCAAGCUACUCUGGCCUUGCGAAAUCUUGCAUCGGACGCCAAUUACCAACUGGAGAUAGUACGAGCAGGAGGUCUACCAAACUUGGUGACAUUGUUGAAUUCCACUCAUCAACCGCUAGUUCUCGCUGCCGUGGCAUGUAUCAGAAAUAUUUCCAUUCAUCCGCUAAACGAAGCCUUGAUUAUCGAUGCUGGAUUCCUCAAGCCAUUAGUCUCCCUUCUGGACUACAAUGACAAUGUUGAGAUUCAAUGCCACGCGGUGUCCACCCUGAGAAAUUUGGCCGCUUCAUCAGAAAGGAAUAGAUUAGCAUUAUUAGAAUCUGGUGCUGUGGAAAAGUGCGAGAAGUUGGUGUUGAACUCUCCAAUAUCUGUGCAAAGUGAAAUUAGCGCAUGCUUUGCCAUUCUGGCACUAGCAGAUGAUUUGAAGAUGAAGCUCCUUGAUUCUAACAUCAUCGAAGUGUUACUGCCUUUGACGUCUUCCGAAAAUGGAGAAGUCUGUGGUAAUGCUGCAGCUGCGUUGGCAAACUUGUGCUCUAGAAUUCCUGACUAUACCAUAAUAUUGAAAAAUUAUGAACAAAUCUCAAAAUUUAUUGCCAAAUUCUUGAACUCACAAAACCCCACUUUUGAGCAUAUUGCCUUAUGGACGACAUUGCAACUCCUUGAGAGCGAGGACGAGACUAUCAAAGCUAAACUCAAGAAGCAGAUCAACAGUGGGGAGAUUAGCCUCAAUAAUUUAACCACGUCUACAUUGAACAACCAUAGUGACACGAGUAACAUAAUUAAUAACGAUGGAGAGGAAGGUGAGUUCAAUGAUGGUGAUGACAUUAUCAACCUGACCCAACAAAUCUUGGAGAUGAUCAAAUGA